AUCGAUACUAACUAAAUCGAAAUAACAAUCCCGUAUAACAUAGUCUAUGGUGAUGCUAGUUUGUCACGAGAAAGCGCUGUAAAACGUGAAGUUUCGUCGUGUGUUGAGGGUAAGGAGAUCCUAUCUUUAUAUUUCUAGCAAUUCAUGAUCCUUUUCACUUUGAGGAAUAAUAGGUGGUUUAUAGCAUUUAUCUUGCUCAAGGAAUAAUAAAUCAGUUUACAGGACUUAACAGCAAAUUGGAUAUCUUAACAUUACGUGCAAUUGAUUAUUUAUUACAAGAUGAAACCUCUUAUGCUUCAUGGGCAUGAACGUGCCAUUACUAAAAUUAAAUAUAAUAGGGAAGGUGAUCUUUUAUUCUCUGCAAGUAAAGAUAAACAGCCAAAUGUUUGGUAUUCUUUAAAUGGAGAACGCCUUGGUACCUUUGAUGGACACAAUGGUUCUGUAUGGUGUAUUGAUGUUAACUGGGAUACUACCAGGUUCCUAUCUGGCAGUGGUGAUAACACAUUGAGGGUAUGGGAUUGUCAAACAGGAAAAGAAAUUGGUCAACUGAAAACUAACAGUUCUGUAAGAACUUGCAGUUUCAGUUAUUCUUCAGACCUUGUUGUAUAUUCCACUGAUAAGGCAUUGGGAUAUCAGUGCGAAAUGUUUAUCAUGGAUGUACGAGAUGUGGAUGCUGGAAUGUCCCAAGAGGAUGCUAUUUGCAGAAUUCCGAUUACUGGUCCCCGUAUCUCAGCCAUUUUAUGGGGUGCUUUGGAUGAAACCAUUAUCACUGGACACGAAGAUGGCGAAAUCAACAUUUGGGAUGCCAGGACGGGGAAGAAAAUGAAUUCAAUCAAGGGGCAUAAGAGUCAGAUAAAUGACAUGCAGUUUAACAAGGAUGGCACUAUGUUUGUCACAGCGUCGAAGGACAACACAGCAAAACUUUUUGAUAGUGAAUCACUUAUGCUAUUAAAAACAUACAAAACUGAGCGACCAGUGAAUUCUGCUACUAUAUCUCCAAUUCUCGAUCACGUUGUUUUGGGUGGUGGUCAAGAUGCCAUGGAUGUAACUACAACGUCAGCUCGUCAAGGAAAAUUUGAUUCUCGUUUUUUCCAUCUUGUAUUUGAGGAGGAAUUCGCGCGAUUGAAGGGUCAUUUUGGUCCAAUCAAUUCUCUCGUAUUUCAUCCUAAUGGCCGCAGUUAUUCAACUGGUGGAGAAGAUGGAUAUAUUCGUAUUAAUACUUUUGAUCAAUCAUACUUCGAUUUCCAUUUUGAAUAUUAAUCAUGUUAAUGGAACAACUACAAUACAUGAUAAAAUCUGAAAUAUUUGUAUUCACUCUCCAAACCAAGUUACGCGACAAAUAUAAGAUAUAUAUAUUUACUCACUGCAUAAUUUUGAUAAAUAAAAUACUUAUGAUUAGGUGA